UUAAAAAAAAAUCGUAUCAGUAGUCAGACUUACCAAGUUACCCCCUCCAACCCCGGCGGACCCUUGUUCACUUCCAUUUCCCCUCCCACCGUCCGUCUCUCACAAAAACUCAAAUCACUCAUAACAUGAUACCAUCAUAAUCCAUAAUAGCCUCACUCUCUCUGAUAAAAAUAAACGUAUUCAAUUUCCCUUACAUACACAAUGAAACCAUUCCACUUCCUCGCUUUCCUUUCCCUCCUCUUCCUCUUCCUUUCCCUCGUCUUCUCCGAUUCCCACUUCGAAGGCUUCGACUCCGAAGACCCUGAAUCCGAACCCGACUCCGACGCCGAAUCCGACUCCGAUUUCCUCUACACUACUACUACUACUUUCCUCCAUUCCCCUCCUCUCACUGUCUCCGAUCCCGAUCCCGAACCCGAACUCGAACCCACCCAUCCAGACCCGAACCCGAAUCCAGACCCAAUCCUUUCGGAUUCUCCGAAGCCAACCAGCUUCGAGUACUGGGACGAAGACGAAUUCGAAGGCUUACCUAUCGAGGAAAUCCAACAACCGCCCUUGGAAACCCCAACAAUUACCGAAAACGCCACUCCCUCCGAUCCGAAAUCGAAACCGGUUCAGCCGCCGGAACCGUUUUCGCUUAAAAAGUACACGAUCGAGAUCGUGAGCGUUACUUUCCUCAUCAUCUUCGCCAUCAACUACUUCACCGGGAGGCGCGAGAAUGAGCAACUCGCUCUCGCUUGGGCGGCGAAGUUCGCGACUAAGGAUUCUAUCUUCGAUCGGAAUUUCAGCCUCUUAGGCGUCGGAGAAGGCGACGAUUCGCCAUUGUUGUUGAAGGAAGGUCAGACCGUGUUCAAGUUUUACGCCAGUGGGCGGAGGUAUUGCCAGGGUUUGUUGGCGACCAUGGAUUUGAAGAGCCGCCACGAUUUGAUUUCGAGGUUGUAUAAUAUGGUGGUGCCGUGUAAGGACGAGAUUAGUUUCGAGGUGUAUAUGAAUGAGGAGGCGAUGGACCAUGUGGUUUUCGCGGUGGCGAAGAAGAAGGCGGCGAAGACUAUGCAGAAGGAGGUUCGGGAUUUGCAGAAGUUUGCGGGAAUGGUGCCGGUGCCGAGUGGGAAGAAGUGGGUGAGUGAGGAGUUGGCGGUGAUUUCGGAGUCGAAGGAGGUUGCUGGGGAUUUGAUCACGGAGGCCGUGCUCGAACAGGUUUUUGGAGAAAAAGCUUUUGAGAAAUUCGGAAAGGGUUUCAUGUCAAUGCAUUUCUCUGAUCAAAACCCCGGCACACAUAAGAAGGUGCUAUUGUUCAAGUUUGCCCUCCCUGACGCCAAUAACAUGGAUGAUAUGACUCGAUUGGUGGCUCUUAUACCUUAUUAUAUUGACUUGAUUGGGCGGUACAAGCUCAGUUCUCAGGCUCGAUCUAAAACAGAAGCAACCAGAUCAAAGGCUGCUCAAGAGGCAUUUAAAGAAUUGCAAAAUGUUAGGCAAGAAGCUUUGCAGAAAAAGAAGGCAGAGAGGAAAAAGAUGCUGGAGGAGGCUGAGGCAAAGCUUACUGCAGAGGCUAUUCACAAGAAAGAAGCAAAAGAGCGUGCUCGUCAAAUGAAGAAGGCAGCGCCAAAAGUAAAGAUGACCCGUGCCCACUAAUCCCAGAUUUCACUAGACGAGUUUCCAUAAUCUCCCUUAAUUUUCUGUUAUUUAACUUGUUUUACUCGGGUUUGCCCUCCUAAAUUUUUGUAACUGUACCCUUAUUGCCAUGUACUUGGUUCUUUGCUUUUAUAUUAGCUAGUCUUAAACAAUUCCACAAAUUUGUGGAUUUUGAAUGUGUACCCAAAUUCAGUGCUGCAGAAACUAUUUUCAAGCUAUUGACUGACAUUUAUA